ACGUAGGCUACCACGGAGGCUACGCAAAACAUGUCAAUGUAGAAGGAUAAAAAAGGUGCACAUUAGAUAAAACAGUGGGUAAAAAAUGUGUUUCUUAUCUACGGCGCCAGAUUUCAGGUUCAGCGUACGCUGCUGUAUAAAGUGAUAUCGUAUGUUUAAACGUUUGUAAAAAUGUUAUCAUUAGUAAUUAAUCAAUUAUGGCAGUCGUCGUAGCACAACAAAUACAACUAAAGUCUAGGAGAGACACUUUUGUAUCGUUUUAACCCGAUACACCCAGGAUUGAUUUCAAGCGUGCAGAUAAAAUACGAUUCUUAUUUUCAUACUUAUGCGCGGAUGGUGCGAACUAUUCAUGCCACAAGAAUUUGGAAUGACACAUAGCCUUGUCCUUGAUAGUGUUGUUUGAUAAGGAAAUAUGUCUAUACGGUUUGUGUUAAUUUUCGAUUACAUAGAUUGAUGAGCCCUCAUUUUAUAUUUCCUUAAAUGAUAUGGCAUUUAAUGGAAUCAAAAUCAUAAGACGCUCUAUGUUGUAAAACUGGUCUUCGUCACGGUGUUGUUCUGGAACUAGGGAAUUGAUAAGAGUUAUAAAUCAAUUUUAUUUCAGUAAAUCUACAACAACACUGAAACGCACCGAUCGUUGGAUGGAAUGCUUAAAAUUUGCACUAAAAUCGAUAUAAGAUACUACUCGCUAAAAUGAAUGGAGCUGUUUCGACACUACGUGAUACCGAUAACUGAAAAGUCCCUACGAGAAAUGACAGUACAAAGGUAUUGCUUUGAAAGUUAUCUACAGUUACGAGUCAGAAGCAUUUAGCAGUUGUAAAAAAAAUAGCGCACAUGAUGUUUUGAGCAAUUUAUCAUGAUGACACCACGAUAGGCCGCCAGGUUUCAUAUAAAGUGUGUUGAAAAUUGCAAAUAAAUCGUAAUUGUACGUUGGAACGCUGGCAACAACGUUGUUUUGUUUCGCCCAAAAUAAAACAUUGAAGAUCACUAUGAAAGAAUAUUUGCUCCUCGUAAUAUUUCUCACCGUGGCCAAUAUUGUAGCAUGUGCUGUAGUUCAGCAAAGAAACGAACCACUUUGCAUGCCAGAAGACGAUUACUUUGCUGCCGGCCCAGAAUGCUAUAACUUUUAUUCCUGUCGCAAUGGUGUACUAGACCUCAUCGAGUGUCCCGCUGGAUUGCUGUGGAAUGAUGACAUUUCACGAUGUGACGAGGCAGAGAAUGUACAAUGUCAGGAUGAAGGGACAACAGUCGCUACAUUACCACCGUCUACGGAAGCUCCAACACUACCGCCAACGACAUCAGCUCCGUCCAAUACCUUCAUGCCAGAAGUGGAAGGAGCAUUGCCAAUACUUUUUCCCGGAUCAGAAUGUCCACCGAAUAUACGGGCAUUCCUGCUACAUGCUAGCGAUUGUCGGCGAUUUUUUUACUGCUUGUACGGUAUCCAAUAUCCACAAACUUGUCCAUUUUUGGAAACUUUCAACUUUGUCGUUGGUCAUUGCGUACCCCGGGAGCAAACGUUUUGUUUUCCUGGUAGCGUUUAGUGGGUAAGAUAUCUAGCUGCAUAGAUUUAAAUAUAAUCGAAAUGUUUCAGGUUUAGAAAAUAAAAACAAUGUUAUAGUUCUACAUA